CUAAGUACUGCUCAGAAAGUAAGAAUACUUAAGAAGGAGGAAAGGUAAUGGGAACCAAGGAAGAAUCAAAUUUCAAGAAAGAAAGCAUAACCAGUGGUGAUUUUAAAAAUAUAUCACUAAUAGAUUUUUCUAUUCCUUCAAAAAAUUCCAAGCAGCACCACAGUGGGAAACAGAGAGCAAUUAUUAUUUCCAUCUUCUUCCUACAGAACCCUUUCUUUGGAUUUUUUGGAUAUCAUGGAUUUGGGGGCCGUCCUCCUUAUUAUUCAGAAGAGAUGUUUGAAGAUUUUGAAAAACCAAAAGAAGAAGAUCCUCCUAAAACAGAGACUCCAGCCACAGAUCCUUCUGUUAAUUCAACAGUUCCUGAGACUAACUCUACCCAGCCAGGUGCACCCAGUCCCAGAGCAGGUCAAGGCGGAAAUGACACCAGCCCAGCAGGAAACAAUGGUCAGGGCCCUAACACUGUGAGCAACCCUACAGUUCAAAACAACCCUGUAGUAAAUGUUUCCGGCCAAGGAGUUCCAAGAAGUCAAACCCCGUGGAGACCAAGUCAGACAAAUGUUCAUGAAAAUUAUCCACAUCCUAACAUCCGAUAUUUUCCUGCAGGAAGACAAUGGCGUCCUACUGGUACCUCUAUGGGGAACAGACGUAAUGGGCCUUUUUACCGAAAUCAACAAAUUCAAAGGGCUCCUUGGUGGAACUCCUUUGUUUUGGAAGGCAAACAAGCAAUUCGUCUAGGAUAUCCAAUAUAUCGCAGAGCUUAUGCCUCCACCGCAAGGGGCAAUUAUCCCAAUUAUGCAGGAAAUCCAGUAAAUUUCAGAAGAAAGCCUGAGGGGCCCAGUAAACAACCUGCAGGAACCAUUGCCCCUCUGGGUCCCAAACAUGGUACUACUGGCCACAAUGAAAACAUCCAAAAUCCAAAAGAGAAGCCAGUAAGUCAAAAAGAAAGAACAGUCAUUCCUACAAGGGAUCCAAAUGGCCCCUGGAGAAACUCUCAAGACUAUGGAGUUAGUAAAUCAAACUAUAAACUGCCUCACCCUGAGGGUAACAUUCUAGUCCCAAAUUUUAAUUCUGUUGAUCAACGUGAAAACUCUUAUUACCCCAGAGGAGAUUCCAGAGGAACCCCAAAUUCUAAUGGACAAACCCAAAGCCAGAAUUUGCCCAAAGGGAUUAUUUUAGAACCAAGAAGAAUUCCAUAUGAAUCAGAAAUUAAUCAGCCAGAAAUAAAGCACGGUACACAUCAGCCUGUGUACCCUGAGGGAUCUCCUUCCCCUGCAAGGGAACGUUUUCCUGCUGGAAGAAAUACUUGGAACCAACAAGAAAUCUCUCCACCUUUUAAGGAAGAUCCUGGAAGGAAGGAAGAACACUUACCUCAACCUUCCCAUGGCUCUAGAGGACGUAUUUACUACACUGACUACAACCCCUAUGACCGCAGGGAAAACCCACCAUACUUUAGAAGUAAUACCUGGGAUGAAAGAAAUGAUCCUCCCAAUACAAUGGGGCAAUCUGAAAAUCCACACUAUCCCAUGAAUACUCCAGAUCCAAAAGAGACAAUCCCUUAUGAAGAAGACCCAACUGAUCCAACUGGAGAUGAGCCUUUCCCAGGACAAACGAGAUGGGGUGUAGAGGAGUCGACCUUUAAGACAGCCCCAACAGCUAGGUAUGAAGGCAAGCAAUAUACCUCAAACCAACCAAAGGAAUACUCUCCCUAUUCCUUAGAUAAUCUACCAAAACCCAGGGAGUAUUUUCCUUAUGGUGAAUUUUACCCCUGGAGCCCAGAUGAGAAUUUUCCAUCAUAUAAUACUGCUCCCACUAUACUGCUUGUGGAGAACAGGGGCUAUUAUCCUACUAAUGCUGUUGGACAAGAAGAAAACACUAUGUUUCCUUCUUGGAAUUCCUGGGACCACAUGAUUCAAGUCCAAGGGCAGAAAGAAAGGAGGCCAUAUUUUACCAGAACUUUCUGGGGUCAGCCAACGAAUCUACCCAAAGCCCCUGCUAGUCCACCAUACCACAAGGAGAAUCAGCCUUAUUUCAGUAACUCCCCAACUGGGCUUCAGAAAAAUCCAACAUGGCAUGAAGGUGAGACUUUGAAUUAUGGCAUGCAAAGCACUAGGUUAAAUUCACCAGAGGGAGGACAUUUGGCUUUUCCAGACUUAAUUCCUCCACAUUACCCAGGAAGUCAAAAAGAAACACGUCUAUUUCACCUAAGCCAGCGAGGCCCUUGCUGUGCUGGUGGCUCCAUAGGGCCCAAGGACAAUCCACUUGCUCUACAAGACUACACUCUAUCUUUUGGUCUUGCACCAGGGGAAAACCAAGACACCAGCCCUCUCUAUACAGAAGACAGUCAUACUAAGCAUGAAAGAUAUACUAUUUCCCCAAUAAGCAUCCUACCUGGCCAAAGAAACAGCUCAGAAAAAAGACUUCCUGGAGAAAGUCAAAACCCAAGUCCUUUCAGAGAUGACGUGUCCACUCUGAGGAGGAACACACCGUGUUCUAUCAAUAAUCAAUUGAGCCAAAGGGGAAUUAGGCCCCUUCCUGAGGCCAGUUCCCUUCAAUCAAAGAAUAUACCUUGCCUCAAAAGUGAUCUUGAAGAUGGAAACCAUGUUUUGGAACAAACAUUAGAAGGCAACCAGCUCAAUGAAAGACCUGUUGAUCUUACUCCUGAGCAGCUUGUUAUGGAUACACCUGACAAAGGUCCCAAGCCAGAAGGAAUUCCAAGUGAAGUGCAAGGAAAUGAGGGCAAAAGGCAGCAACGAAGACCAUCUACCAUCCUAAAGUUACCAUGUUUUGACUCCAAAUUAACAAAGUAUUACACCUCCAGCACUGGGACUCCAUCUAGUCUUGGAAGGCAAGGCUCAUUUGAUGGGGAUCCAAUUAUGCCUACUGAAAUUCCUAACUCAUUGGCUGAGUUAGCCACUGGGGCACAGUUUCAGAAUAUAAAUGUAGACCCACUUAAUGCAGAUGAUCACACUCCAUUUGAUCCUCUUCAAGUAGGGACCAAUCCACAGGACCAGGUUCAAGACUGCUUACUACUUCAGGCCUAGAAAUCAUCUCCAGCAAGUAUUCUCUGGGGAAGGAAAAUACCUGCUAUUCUACAGUGGUUUCCAGACAUUUUCUCCCCCAAGACUUGAUUAAGUAUCUCACCUUCUUGGUGAUCCUUGUUUUUCCCCACUCCAGCACAGGAGGCUGGGCCUCUGAGGUUUGCUAGAGUCAGUAUUGUCACUAAUUAGCACAGACUUUAAAAAAAAAAAAAAAAGGAAGGCUCUGACCACCAUUGCCCUGAAACUUGUAAUCCACUUGUCUGGAUUAGUUUCUUUGUGCUUGCUGAUUCUUCCUUUUCCUCUCCAAGUUCCAUACUUGCAAAAUUGUCUGCAUUUGCAAGACAGAAAAGCAGAUGAACUUGCCAUUUUAUGUUUGGAUAUCUAUACAUCAAUAUAAUCCUAAUGCACUGUACUUUUUACUUCCUUGUGUUGGUCUUUUUCCUGGUUAAUAUUCUCUUUUGCAAUUUUUCUUCCACUACCUCUUUCUUCACCUUUAUCAUUUCCUUUUUUAAUCCUCCUUCUUUAUUUCUACCAACCACUCUGUGUUUAGCUUUUUAUUUUUCCUUCCCCAUCUUUCACUCUCUCUUUUUAUGUAGUAGGAUACCUUCAACUAUCACUAGUCUUUAUAUCUAAUUUCUCAUUUUUUUCUUCUUUUCUUCUCAGCU